GCGCGAGGGGAGGGAAGGCGGGCGGGCAAAGAUGGCGGCGGCGAUGAGUUAGAAAGCGGCAGACGGAGCGGCGGCCCUGGCGGCGGCGGCGAGAGAGAAGGAGGGAGGGGAACGCGGCGGAAGGCUCCCCGGCGCAGCGCCUGAAAGACGGCCGGAAGAUGGUGGAACCAGGACAAGAUCUGUUGCUUGCUGCCUUGAGCGAGAGUGGAAUAAGUCCAAAUGACCUGUUCGACAUUGAUUCUACAGACAUGGGUCUUGCCACCCCACCUCCAGCUGUUCAGCAGUCAGUACCACUUAAUGCAUUAGAAAUGGGCAUGGAGGCUGAAGCAUCAGUUGCUGUUAAACCAGAACCACAGACUACGUCCUCUCCGACCGUUUUAAACAUCAGGCAACCGCCGUCAACCACAACUUUUGUGUUGAAUCAAAUAAACCAGCUUCCUACUCUGGGGACGACCAUAGUGAUGACAAAAACAACCCCUGUCACCACCACCAGGCAGACGAUCACUGUAGCAAAAAUUAUACAAACCAGCACCACUACCCGGCCGUCGGCAACAGUGCCAGUGGCACGGAAUGCCCUGACUACCACAACCUCCAAGGACCAGAUCCAGCUGAAAGAUCUGCUUAAAAACAAUAGUCUUAAUGAGCUGAUGAAGCUGAAGCCACCGCCUAACAUUGCUCAGCCUGUUGCUACAGCUGCAACUGAUCUGAGCAAUGGUGCUGUAAAAAAAGAAACAUCUACUAAGGAAGUAGCAAGAAUAUGGAUAAAUGAUCUUAAAAUGAGAAGCUUUUCUCCUACAAUGAAAGUGCCAGUAGCAAAAGAAGAAGAGGAACCUGAAGAAGAAGAUGAAGAAGAAAUGGGACAUGCAGAAACAUAUGCAGAAUACAUGCCUAUAAAAUUAAAAAUCGGUCUGCGUCAUCCUGAUCCAGUGGUAGAAACGAGCUCUCUCUCCAGUGUCACCCCUCCUGAUGUUUGGUAUAAGUCUUCAAUUCCUGAAGAGACCAUUGAUCAUGGCUGGCUGUCAGCACUGCAGCUUGAAGCAGUUACAUACGCAGCCCAGCAACAUGAAACAUUCCUACCCAAUAAAGACAGAGCUGGCUUUUUAAUAGGUGAUGGUGCAGGUGUAGGAAAAGGAAGGACCAUAGCUGGAAUCAUCUAUGAAAACUACCUCUUGGGUAGAAAAAGGGCAGUAUGGUUUAGUGUUUCAAAUGAUCUGAAGUAUGAUGCUGAAAGAGAUUUAAGAGAUAUUGGAGCCAAAAAUAUUUUGGUACACUCAUUAAACAAGUUCAAAUAUGGAAAAAUUUCUUCAAAACAUAAUGGGAGUGUGAAGAAAGGUGUCAUAUUUGCUACCUAUUCUUCUCUUAUUGGAGAAAGUCAGUCUGGAGGCAAAUAUAAAACCAGGCUGAAGCAGCUUCUCCACUGGUGUGGCGAUGACUUCGAUGGAGUGAUAGUAUUUGAUGAAUGUCACAAGGCUAAAAAUCUGUGUCCUGUUGGCUCUUCGAAACCAACUAAGACAGGCUUGGCUGUACUGGAGCUGCAGAAUAAACUGCCAAAGGCCAGAGUUGUUUAUGCUAGUGCCACAGGUGCAUCUGAGCCACGAAAUAUGGCAUAUAUGAAUCGCCUCGGGAUAUGGGGCGAAGGAACACCAUUUAGAGAGUUCAGCGAUUUUAUUCAGGCUGUUGAAAGGAGAGGUGUGGGUGCCAUGGAAAUAGUUGCUAUGGAUAUGAAACUAAGAGGAAUGUACAUAGCAAGGCAGCUGAGCUUUUCAGGUGUGACCUUCAAAAUUGAUGAAGUUCAGCUUUCUCAGCACUAUGUGAAAAUGUAUAAUAAAUCUGUGAAAAUGUGGGUAAGUGCCCGGGAGAAGUUCCAGCAAGCAGCUGAUCUAAUUGAUGCUGAACAACGGAUGAAAAAGUCGAUGUGGGGACAGUUCUGGUCUGCCCACCAGAGAUUUUUCAAGUAUCUCUGCAUAGCCUCCAAAGUGAAACGGGUGGUGCAGCUGGCACGAGAAGAAAUAAAGAAUGGCAAGUGUGUGGUCAUCGGGCUGCAAUCCACAGGAGAAGCAAGAACCUUAGAAGCUUUGGAAGAAGGUGGUGGUGAACUGAAUGACUUCGUUUCCACAGCAAAGGGGGUAUUUCAGUCUCUCAUCGAGAAACACUUCCCAGCUCCCGACAGGAAGAAGCUUUUUAGCUUGCUGGGAAUAGAUUUGUCUGUUCAAAGUAAUAACAACUCUCCUCGGGACAGUCCUUGUAAGGAAGACAAAAUAAAGAAACGCAAAGGUGAAGAAAUAACCAGAGAAGCCAAGAAAGCUCGGAAAAUUGGUGGACUAGCAGGGAGUAGUUCCGAUGAAAGCUACAGUGAGUCAGAUGUCUCGGACAAUGAAGAGAGCGACAAUGAGAGCUCCCGGUUUUUAAGCUCUGGUGACGACGAUGACUUCAACCCGUUUAGGGAUGAAUCAAGCGAGGAUGAUGAAGAUGACCCUUGGCUAAUAAGAAAAGAGCAUAAGAAAAAUAAAGAAAAGAAAAAGAAGAAAAGCAUAGACCCAGAUUCUAUUCAGAGUGCCUUAUUAGCAUCUGGUCUUGGAUCAAAACGGCCUAGCUCUCUCUCUUCCACAGCUGUUACCUCUUCUGCUACAAAUACUUCUGCUAACAGUAAUACAAAUACCAGCUAUGUAACAAGCCAGGAUGCUGUUGAGAGGGCCCAGCAGAUGAAAAAGGAACUGCUUGACAAACUGGAAAAACUGUCAGAAGAUCUUCCCCCUAAUACACUGGAUGAGCUCAUAGAUGAACUAGGUGGUCCUGAAAAUGUGGCUGAGAUGACAGGUCGCAAAGGGAGAGUUGUUAGUAAUGAUGAUGGAAGCAUCUCUUACGAGUCCAGGUCUGAGCUUGAUGUUCCUGUUGAAAUCCUAAAUAUUACAGAGAAGCAGAGAUUUAUGGAUGGAGAUAAGAAUAUUGCCAUAAUCUCUGAAGCAGCCAGCUCCGGCAUAUCAUUGCAAGCAGAUCGAAGGGCCAAAAACCAGAAGCGAAGGGUGCAUAUGACUCUGGAGUUGCCCUGGAGUGCAGAUAGGGCAAUACAGCAGUUUGGCCGAACUCACAGGUCCAACCAAGUUACUGCACCGGAGUAUGUCUUCCUAAUUUCCGAACUGGCAGGAGAACAGAGAUUUGCAUCCAUUGUUGCCAAACGACUGGAGAGCUUGGGAGCUCUUACUCAUGGUGACAGAAGAGCAACAGAAACCAGAGACCUGAGUAGGUUCAACUUUGACAACAAGUAUGGUCGAAAUGCUUUGGAAAUAGUAAUGAAGUCCAUUGUAAACUUGGAUUCCCCGUUAGUGUCCCCACCAGCUGACUAUCCAGGAGAGUUCUUUAAAGAUGUCCGGCAAGGUUUAAUAGGUGUGGGCCUAAUAAACGUAGAGGACCGUUCAGGGAUUCUCACACUUGACAAAGAUUACAACAAUAUAGGGAAAUUCCUGAACCGUAUUUUGGGUAUGGAGGUGCAUCAGCAAAAUGCUUUAUUCCAGUAUUUCUCAGACACACUAAAUGCAGUAAUACAGAAUGCUAAAAAGAAUGGAAGAUAUGACAUGGGCAUUUUGGAUCUGGGUUCAGGAGAUGAGAAAGUGAGGAAGGCAGAUGCUAAAAAAUUCCUAACACCAGGAUAUUCUACCUCAGGGCAUGUUGAACUGUACACUAUCAGUGUGGAAAGAGGAAUGUCUUGGGAAGAAGCUACUAAGAUUUGGGCUGAACAGACUGGACCAGAGGAUGGGUUUUAUUUAUCACUUCAGAUACGAAACAACAAGAAAACUGCUAUCCUGGUGAAAGAAGUGAAUCCCAAGAAGAGGCUUUUUCUGGUGUAUAGGCCAAAUACAGGAAAACAGCUGAAACUGGAAACCUCUGCAGAAAUAAAGAAAAAAUAUAAAAAGGUUCCUUCUGAAGAUGCCUUAGCUCACUGGCUAGAGCAGUACAAGUCAUCUGCAGACACUUGCACCCACGCGUACUGGAGAGGCAAUUGUAAAAAGGCAAGCCUGGGUCUGGUUUGUGAAGUGGGCUUGCGCUGCCGGACCUACUAUGUUUUGUGUGGUUCAGUCUUGAGCGUCUGGACGAAGGUGGAAGGAGUUCUGGCUUCAGUGAGUGGUACAAAUGUCAAAAUGCAGAUUGUACGGCUAAGGACAGAGGAUGGGCAGAGGAUUGUAGGCUUGAUCAUUCCUGCAAAUUGCGUGUCCCCGCUUAUAAAUCUCCUGUCGACCUCGGACCAGUCGCAGCAACUUGCAGUGCAGCAGCAGCAGAUAUGGCAGCAGCAUCAUCCGCAGAGCAUCACCAACUUCAACAAUGCAUGAGAGUGUCUUUGGUAUUUGGCUGUUAAAGCAUAUCAUUGCAUUUUUUUUAAAAUAUCAGGGACAGAUUCCAAAGAAUAAACUUUCAGUUCCAUCAUGCUCUUUUCGAACUCUGCAGAAGUAAAGAGGCACCUGAAGGGUGGUCAAACUGAAAGCCAAACAUUGCUUUACAGUGGUCCAUGUGUCCUUUUUGUUUAUUCCCCUGUGCUCUUUGUAGUGCUUCUUUUUACAGUUUGUUUUUGUCCUACUCGAGUGACAAACCACAACUCUUUUGUUUUUGAAGAGGCUUGAAAAUUCCUGGCCAAGCUGUCCGUUCUUGUCAUUCAGUGCUCAGGGUUUAAUGCAGUACAUCGGUGCCAUCGCUGCGGGAGAGAUCUUCAGAUGCAUGUAUGUUGCGUUCAUAUAUAGACAUAUAUAUAUAAUAUUGGUGGCGACAGAGGUCUCAGCCUAUUAAAGAGUACAUUUAUUUAAGAAACAGCAUGAAAAUCUAGAAGUUCACAAUCCAUGCAUUCAAGAGUGUUCCCCAUUUCUGUUUGGCUGUGCAUGUCUUCGGAUCAGGCAUGAACAGGAUCUCCCACAAGCAAAGUCAACUUGGAGAGACAGAGAGAGAGACAAUCUCAUUGCAGCCUUUUUUGAAAAUGGCAUCUGCCCAGCGAUUGCAUUUUCUGGCUUUCUCCUAGAGGUUAUAUAUUUGAAUCUGCAACAUGUUUUUGUGUGUGUGCGUGCGUGUGAUGAGAACAUCUUAAAUUUUUAAAAGUUCUUUUUUUAAUGUAUUAAUGGUGUUCAUAAUGUAAGCUGAAAGAAUGGCUUUAAAAAAGCCUUGUUUCUCCCCCCACCCACCCCUGCAGAUGUUCCCUUUAUCCAGUAAGGUUUCAGGAAACUCAAAGUGCAAAUUUACUUCCAUUUCACAUUACAGCCCUUUUUUAAAAUUUUGUUUUUUGUUACUGAAUACCUUACUUGAGCUGUAAAUUAGAAUUGGGGGAAGGCGGGCAGCACGCGAGUUCCUGCUGCAUCUUUUUUUCUGUUGCCCCGUAACUUGAAUACUUUUGUUUAUGUUGUAAGACAUUGUAGAGUUUAUCCUGGAGCUGUUUAAAAUUGUAAAUGUACAAAAUGUGAAUAGUCACUUAUCUAAGAAUAUGGGUAAGUUUUGUUUUGCCUAUAAUAGUAGAUGUUUAUAAGAAAGUGAAGGACAAUGUUUGUCAUUUUUCUUCUUGCUUGCACAGGUUGCACUAUUGAAAAUUUGAGAUUGUAUAAACCUGUCCACAGAACUGCAAGAUACCAAAAUCUUGUGGGUGUCAAAUUAAAAAAAAUCCUAUUGUUCUAACAA